UUCCAUUUAUUUCCUUUAUUGACUAGAAAUCUUUAUUUUUAAACUCACUCAGUAUUACUUUACGCAUAUCAGCCAUGGAUAAUGUAGGCAACCCCGCUGAGGACAACAACAGCAACAACAGCGCCGCCGCUGCCGCUGAGGACAACAGCAACAGCGCCGCCGCCGCCGCUGCCAAUAACCAAGAUGUGAAGGACGAGAAGCCCGAGACUGAGCAUAUCAACAUCAAGGUCGUUGCAGCUGACUCCUCAGAGGUUAUGUUCAAGAUUAAGCGCAAGACCAAGCUGUCGAAACUGAUGCAGGCAUACUGCAGUCGUGCCGGACAGGCGUUUGGCACUGUUCGCUUCCUGGUCGAUGGCCAGCGCAUCAAUGGCGACAACACUCCCGAAGAGUUGGAAAUGGAGGACGGCGACUCGAUUGACGCGAUGACAGAGCAGGUUGGCGGAAGCUACUAGGGGGUGGAAAGAGCAAUAUGAGUAAUUUGGACAGAACAUUUUUUUCUUGAUGGCCAUGUCCAUCUCUCUAUUUUUUCUCCUUAUUGUGCAGCCUACGAGUAUUGUUAUGCUGCUUCACAAAAACAUUGAAAAUAAAAAGCCAAUCGCAUCAAAACCUGCAUUUGCUACCGUGAGCCCGGCCUUGUGUGU